AUGCCUUCAUCAAAUUAUCCCCCAAUACAGAACGGGAAUACAGGGUAUCAACCCAACCCAAAUUAUCCUCCUGAACCUUACCCCAUAAACUCGAGACCCGGUGUUCCUAAUCAACAAUACCUUCCGCCUCCUUACGUCUUACCUCAACCAGGAUAUCAACAGCCUCAAGGUCAGUACCCCCAACAACCUCAAUACGCCCUUCAGCCGCUUCAGAAUACUCCUGCGGAGAAGAAUAACGCUUCAUCUCAAGCUGGAAAGGGAAUUGAAGAGUCGAAUAACGCUCCAUCAGGCAUCGUCGUUCCAGCCAAGAGAGGGAGACCAAAGAAGAACGCCAACGUAACUACCAACACCAAUGGCAACUCAACGGAGAAAGUGAACAAGAAAGAUCCAAAUCAUCAAUCAACAGCGAAAAUGGUUUAUCCACCUCCACCCCCUCCUCCAGGAGAACGAUAUAAACCAACCCCAUUAUUCACAAGUAACAAUAAUUAUAAUUCUGGUAAUUCAACUCCAUCUUCUGGUGAUCCCAAAACACGUGAUGGUGUACAAUUACCUUCAAUGGGAUCAUGGGCUCCUCCAUCUGUGGCAUCACCUAGAACGGCCGCUGCGAUGAUAGGAUAUCAGAACCAACAUCAGGCUCCAUUCGAUACUCCUGACGGUUGGUCUUCCGUUCAACCUAGACCAGGUCCAAAUGCACAACCUCAAUGGAAUUUACAACCAUCAUCUUCAUAUGACUCAAGCCAAUCUUUCCCUUCCUCAAGACCUGUCAAAAGAGAAAGAGAUUCAGCACAAGAUACUAACAGACCUUUGAGUGAUCCAGGAGAAAUGGAAGCUUCAUUGGCUUUGGCAGGUCUGAAAAGAAGAGAUAGUGCACCCACAAGUAAAAAACCUAAAAAGGAAAGGGAAGAUUCAAAAUCGAAUAUUACGAAAAAAUCUGACAAAGAUGGGAAAAAAUCUUGUGCCGAAUGUAGAAGACUGAAAGCUAAGUGUGACAGACAGUUCCCCUGUUCAAAUUGUCGAAGAAGAGGUUGUGCAUUGGUCUGUCCCGAUGGUGAUCUGAGUUGUAUGCAAGGUAAAAGACUCGUACUAGCUUCCACAGAACAACUACACGAAAGAAUCGCACAAUUGGAAUCCGCUUUAUUCAAAUCUCAUGGUAAAACACAUCCAACCCAUCAUCCAUUAUUAGCACCUGAAUAUCUAGAUGGUGGAUUCGCUUCUUUACCCCCACCUCCACCGUUACAACAAAGUCCUCCGUCAGGAAACCAAAGUCAUUCACCAAAAUCAGGCUCUUUGAAUAGAUCACCGAAAGGUCCAUCAUCAGCUUCGAGCUUGAUACUUGCCACCCCACAGUUGUCGGCCGAAAGGUCAAGCAAUCAAGGAAGAAUGGCAGUCGAAAGUCUUUUGACCGAAGACGCUGCUGCCCCAGAAGGCAAAAGGGAAGAUGAAUGGGCGGGUGAAAACGCCGCUCCUGCAAUGAUUAUCGGCACAGUCGGAAAUCAACCCAAUGACGAUUUAGACGAACGUCAUCAAGUGUUCGAGAGAUUGAAGAAAAUUCUCAAAGUCUUGCCACCCAGAGAAGAGGUGCAGAGAAGAGCUGAAAAUUUCUGGAGAACUUCAGUAUGGUAUCAAACAGCAUUACAUAAGGAGGAAUUUGAUGCUAUCUACGAACCAGCCGUUUUCGCACCGACCCCUGCCAACCCAUUGUCACCCCACAAAUUGGCUGUCGUCUUAAUUGUCCUCACGCUAGACUGUUAUCUCGAUAUCUCCAAUGACGAGGAAAAUCCCGCUGUUGCAGAAUACUGGGACGCAUGCCAGAGGUGUUUCGAUACCCGCUUCGGAUGGGCAGCUAGUGUUGCUGGUGUACAAGCUUUGGCUAUGGCUACCUUAUUCGUUGGAUUUGGAUGGCGAGGAGCUAGAGCAUCUAAUUUCUACUGGCUGAGACAGAUGACUUCUGCUUCUAUGCAGCUUGGAUUGCAUAAAGACCCUCAUCCCUCUUUACCUGAAGAGGAAAGAGAAUUCCGUCGUAGGGUAUUCCACGAGAUCUUCGUUCUUGAUUGCUUGAUCUGUCUAAACCACGGUCAACGAACUGCCAUUCCUGUGGAAUAUAUCGAAGCUGCCUAUCCCAAAACUGUUUCUCCAUUGGCUUAUAAGAAGUACGACUUUAUGAAAGCGGUGAAAACUCAGGUCAUCGAUAUUGGUUGCUUGCCUGAUUCUCUUCCUGCGAAUUGGGAGAAAGUGGAAGUCGUCAAGCAAGCUUUGAUGCUAUAUGACGUUACUGCCAUUCCACAGCUUCACUGUCCACUGUUGAGAGGCGAGCCACUCCCAUCGCCUGUCGAGGGUUUCACAGCGGAAGAUGCAUUAGCUUUACAGUCUACUACCACUUCGAUGUGUCACUACAAAGCUAUGUUAUACCUGUUCCGACCUUCGCUCCGACGCCUAGUUGCCCGACUCCGAUCACAACCUCGUGAAUCGGUAAUAUUCAAUGACGCAGAUCGAGAAACAGUAUCGAUGACUUAUAGAGCAUGUCACGCGAUCACUCUUACAUCGUACUAUAUGGCACGGAAACACCCAAGAUUGAUGGCCAGAUGUUGGAUGGUCUGGGUUCAAACCUUCUCUGCGGCAGUCUCGAUGGCUGCUUUAGCCAUUUGGUGUGGACCACAUGUGGAAAGUACUUUCGUCAAUUCUGCUUAUCAAGAACUGAGUGAAGCUUGUGAUAUGAUCGGUGAAAACGGAAGUAAAAGAAGUUUAGGUGUUUUGUCACUAUUGCCAAUUUUGAAAUCACUAGUUGCGAACAGAUAUCCUCACGUCAGUGGUAAAAACCCUAGUGAAAUUUCUAUUUCCGCAGAUGGGGAAGAUAUGUUAUUUGCACUUCUGGGUGGUCAAGUCGAUGUUAGCAGAGAUCCAUGUUUGACAAACGCACACGCCAAUGUGCCUCCAAAUACUGCUCAGCCGUCUUCAGGGCCACAACAAAUGAUGCAACAGCAACAACACCAACAUCAACAGCACCAACAACAGCAAGUCCAACAACAGAUAUUGAUCAGUCAACAAGGUAUCAAGCCUUCUACGUAUCUUGGAAUUGAUCAAGGACAAGGACAAGAAAUCGACUUGUCAUCAUUCGGAGCUGGAUCUCUGAUGAUACCUGAAAUUUAUUCCGAAGUUGCUUUCUCUGGUCAAAAUCCUAAUUCGAGUACAGCUUCAUGGUAUGCCCAACAACAGAUGAUGGCCGGUGAAAUCAUUCUGCCAUUGGUACAAUCUGCGCCUUCAGCGGUCCCGUUCAACACCAAUGGUAGUGGAAACAAUCCCAACAAUAAUAAUAACAACAACAAUGAUCCAAACUCAAAUGGCAAUGGAAGCGGAAACGGAAAUGAACUGGAGAAUCCAACUGAGUUAUGGGCAAGAUUACAAACCUUCUAUGAACCUACACCCGUAUUUUGGAAUGGAAUGAACACAGUCACAAUUGAUGGUAUAACCGUUGGAAUGAAUAACAACAUCAAUAACGGUAAUGGCAAUGGUCCAAAUGGUACGGCUGGUUUUGUGGAUUAUUCAGGUCCAAUGUAUUGA